AUAAAUUAACAAUGAAGAUUGCUUAAUUGUUACGAAAUAGAGUGCUCUUUUUUAAUUGUGAUAUAUAGACUGUCUUCAACAAUCCUAAACACAUGUACAAUCCAGGUUAAACAAUAUAAUGUGCUCAAUUGAUGAAUGAAGUAUAUCUGUGUUUAUAAAUAUAGGCAGCAGGUAUACUAAAUAUCCCAGUUGUUUUUACUGAAUAAAACGUCAAGGCUUUUGGAUCAACAAUUCCUGAAGUAAAAGCAACUAUUCCUCCAAAUAGUCAUUAUUAUGAAAAACACACAUUUUCAAUGUACAAUGACGACGGAAAGAAGGUUCUAUCCUAAUAUCCUGACAAGAAUUAAGUUGUUAUAUAUGGUUGGGAAGCACAUGUUUGUGUUUAAUAAACUUGUUUGGAUUUAGUUAGAAAUGGUAGUAAAAUGAAGAUAUACUCUAGGAUAUCAAGUUCAUAUAUUAACAGACGGAACCUCAAGCAAUAAACCACUAUAUAGAUCAACAUGUUACUAGCGAUUAGCUUAAUAGGGAGUGGUGAUCGAUAAUUCGCAAUCAGUGCUAUACGAAUUGCUAUAGUCUUAUAAGGAUGAAAAGUUCAAACCAAUUUUAAGUUUAUUUAAGAAAUAUAAAUACGAAGAGGUCUUUACAACAUUAUGAAUAAAUAUUAAGUUAAAACAAUCAAUAACAUCAAACUAAACUGCC